UUUGUAGCUCAUUUCUGUUUUCCUCUUUACGUAGCGCUGCGCUGGCUCUGGAUAAGGAAAACACUAUGAGUUCGAUUUUGUUGUGUGUGCUUCCGACCAACAACGUCUACGGUUCGGCUCGGUGUUUAUGUUUGCGUUGUUUUUGUUGGACAAAAACUAGCGACCGACAACAGGGUGAGAUUUUUAUAUUGGACAGGGGACUCUAGUGCUGUUGUGUUUCGGAUAAGAGCCGAUAUGUUUCGCAUGAUGAGUGACAAUAACGCCAGCCAGUGGUCGAUUGUGCUGUUGUAAACGGGUCCGAAACCGCCACACCACCGCCGCCGCCGCCGUCGUCGCAUUUGAGAAGUGUUCUAAGGGAUUCGGCCUGCGGUAACUUCCAAAUCCUCAAUAGUCUUCACUUCGAAUAUUUAUCGGCCAAGAAUAAGUACGAGCCGAGCAGUUUUCGUGCGAUUGACUUUCCCGUUCGGAAAAUUUAUUUGAUUGUGAAAAGAAUUUGCGUUUGAAUUAAAUAAAGAUAAAUCGCAUCAGUGGAACACAAAUCACUUAUGAACUUGACGCACCGCCAUCCGUUCAUAUAAAUAAGUUUAUAUAUUUUUAUAAUUCAACAUUAAAAUUCUUUUUGCUGAAUCCGAUUGUUUAUUUAUGUGACCGACGACGCGACGCGACACCAUGAGCGGGAAAUAGAUUUUUGGCUCGGAAUCGUACGUGUGCUCCACACGUUUGUGCUGAAAAAAUUGUGCGGCAGGAAUAGAUUCUAGGGGCAAUUAAACAGCUUGCGGGUUUUGUUAUUUAUUAUUGUAAUGGAACAUUAUUAAUUUGUUCUGAUGACGGCUUUAUGAGAAAUGGACCAGAAAAAUUAAAAAAAAAGGUUAUCCUGCAUAAAACCCAUCAUAAGCUUUCCGACUUGAAUCCCAUCGCCAGGCUAACACAAAAGAUGGACAAGACGUUAAAAGUAUCUGAGCAAUUGCCUGCACCUGUGGUUGAUGAUGUCCCUUACACCAUUGAAUUAAUCACGGAAAAAGAUAAUGACGGUGUUCUUGCAAUGCUCAAAACAUUCUUUUUCAAAGAUGAACCACUUAAUACUUACCUCAACCUCGGUGAAUGUCAAGAGUUGGAGGAAUACUCUUUGAAGUGUAUACCCGAAGCGUGUUCUUUUAAGGCUGUCAACAAACAGGGUGAAAUCAUUGGAGUGUUCAUAAAUGGUCUUAUGCGUCGGCCGAAACCCGAUGAGAAACAUGAGAGUGCAGCAAAGUCUUGUAAGCAUCCCAAGUUUAAGAAAAUCCUAUCCCUCAUGGACUACAUCGAUGAAGAUUUCAACAUUUUCGAUGUCUUCCCCGACACAGACAUUAUUUUAGAUGGCAAAAUUGUUUCCGUAAACACUAACUACCGAGGCUUAGGUAUCGCUGGACGUUUAACGGAAAAAGUCCUCGAAUAUAUGCGCGAAAAUUCAAUUCCUGUGAUGCAUGUCCUGUGCACAAGUCAUUUUUCGGCCCGGGUCAUGGAGAAACUUGGAUUCCAUGAAGUCUAUCAGCUUCCAUUUGAAAAUUUCAAAAUCAACGGUGAGGUAGUUCUUCGCCCAGCUAAGCCUCAUGUGGCAGCCCGAAUUUUAGCCAAGGAAAUUAGUAAAUCCCCCAACUAAAUCAUCUUGACAGGGUAUCUAUUUUUAAAUUGAAUUGUUGUUGAUUUUAAUAUUAAACAAAUAAGAGUGAUUUUUGUAUGCUAUGUAUAUUUAUUUAAACACAAAAUUUUGUAUAUGUUUUUGGGUUAAGGACUUUAAUUUGUUUUUCUCUUGUACAGAACAAUAAUUUUUAAAAAAUUUACAAUAUAAUAUUGUAUUUGUAUUUCUUGUAUUAUGUAAUAUUAUUUUUACAAAAUGUUAUUAUUAAUUAGUAAAAAGAAAACAAAGAAACCAUAAAUGAAACAAUUAAAAAAGUAUUUUUAAAAUAAUAAUUAAGUGUCAAUUAAAAUGUGUAAUAUGUAGCUAAUUGUAUUUAUUGUCUGAAAAAAAAACUUAAAAAAAAACUUUAAGGAACUUAUAACGGAAAGUUAGUUAGAGCAAGUUUGAUAAUAUUGUGACUUAAAAUUAAACUAGAAAUAACGUACAAAUUUAGUAGUUAUUAAUAAUUGUUUAUUUAGUUAGUUCAUGAAAUCGUCAUCAGAGUGUUGAAAAUGAUGGUGAAUAAACAAUAUGAAUAUUUUUAAUUGUGCAAAUUAAUUUAUUGCAAAAUUGUUAUAAUGUGUUGUGUAUGUGUACCUACUUAUUCUUAUUCACUGUUCAUAAUGAUAUUGGAUGAAAAUAAAACAUGAAACCGUUUAAAUUAA